AUGGAUACAAGAAAUCAUUCUUUGGUUAAUGAAUUUAUGCUUCAGGGGUUAACAGAUAAACCAGUGCUCCAACUCCCCCUCUUCUUCCUGUUCCUUUUUAUCUACAUUGUCUCCAUGGCAGGAAACUUGGGCUUGGUUUUUUUAAUCAGGAUCAGUUCUCAGCUUCAGACCCCCAUGUAUUAUUUUCUCAGUAAUUUGUCUUUUAUAGAUCUAUGUUACUCUUCUGUCAUAAUCCCCAAGAUGUUGGUGAAUUUUGUGUCAGAAAAGAAUUUUACUACCUUUCCUGAGUGUAUGACCCAGCUCUUUUUCUUCUGCUUCUUUGGUAUUGAUGACUCUUAUAUGCUCACAGCUAUGGCUUAUGAUCGCUAUGUUGCAAUCUGUAACCCCUUGCUCUACAAUGUAACCAUGUCCCAUAGAGUCUGUUUUCUGCUUGCAACUGGUGUGUAUAUAGUGGGAGCUUUUGGGGCUUUGGUUCACACCAGCUACAUAUCUAGUCUUUCCUUCUGUGGAACAAAUGUUAUCCGCCAUUAUUUCUGUGACAUCCUUCCUCUUCUGAAUAUCUCUUGCUCAAGAGACUACACCAAGGAGCUUUUGGUGAUGAUUUUGGUUUCAUUCAAUGUAUUCACCUGUGCUAUAGCUAUCUUAAUCUCUUAUGCCUUCAUCCUUUCCAGCAUCCUACAUAUCCACUCAGCUGAAGGCAGGUCCAAAGCCUUUAGUACCUGCAGCUCCCACCUUGCAGCUGUUGGAGUCUUUUAUGGCUCCAUCAUCUUCAUGUAUUUCAAGCCACAAUCUGUCAGUGACAGAACCCAAGAGAAGGUAGCCUCUGUCUUUUAUACAACAGUGAUUCCCAUGCUCAAUCCUUUGAUCUACAGCCUCAGGAACAAGGAUGUCAAAGAAGCACUAAAAAAGGUUCUGAAUGAUGGGAUACGUUCCAGGUCUGUGUAG